AUGUCGAGCCCUGGUUCCGCGUCGUCCGGGACCGCCAGCCCUGCGGGACCCAACGUCCGAUCCUACCGCGAAAUCUGGUCAAAAGAGAUUGAAUUUAACCACUGGGGGGGUGUUCUGGAUUUUCCCACCAGUGGAUGGAUCACCAGUGGAUGGAUCACCAUCAUGGACAUUGCGCCUUCCGGAGACCUCGCCCAGUGGAGGAUAGCUUCCCCUGGCCAGAAUGAGAGCCUUGAGACAUGGAUACGCACACAUAGGGAAUUGCUCCGUACCACUGGCUCGGGCUCGAUGACUCGCCUGAUUGUGUUCGAGCGUACCUCCGACCACUGGGCUCGAGAACUGAUUGGAUUACAUUACGACAUCGAACCGGAGUUCUUCAAGGAUGUGGCACUCAGGUUUUGA